AUGUUCAAGCGACAUCGCUUAGAUUUGGGUGAUGAUUCGCCGAGUAAAAAGAGACCCUCUGAUGAGCGUGACCGUGACAGGGACAGAGACCGUGAAGAACGGUCGAGGGACAGGGACCGUGAUCGAGACCGUGACGGGGACAGAGAUGUGAAGUCUUCAGCAGCACCCAACAGUCUAGCUGCAGGCAGUGGAGGCUUCCUUAAGCAAACCCCCAUUUUGCAGCCGAUCAACCCCUUCACCAACCUGCCCCACACGCCACGCUACCAUGAGAUCAUGAAAAAGCGGCUGCAGCUGCCUGUCUGGGAGUACAGGGAGCGCUUCACUGACAUCCUGAUGUGUAACCAGUCGUUUGUGCUGGUGGGAGAAACAGGCUCUGGAAAAACCACACAGAUCCCUCAGUGGUGUGUGGACAUGGUGCGGUCAAUGCCGGGACCAAAGAGAGCAGUGGCCUGCACCCAGCCCAGGAGGGUAGCGGCCAUGAGCGUCGCCCAAAGGGUUGCUGACGAGAUGGAUGUCAUGCUGGGCCAAGAGGUGGGCUACUCCAUCAGGUUUGAGGACUGCAGCUCUCCCAAGACCCUACUCAAGUACAUGACAGAUGGGAUGUUGUUGCGGGAGGCUAUGAAUGAUCCUCUGCUGGAGCGCUAUGGUGUCAUCAUCUUGGACGAGGCACACGAACGCACUUUAGCUACAGAUAUUCUCAUGGGGGUCCUCAAGGAGGUGGUCCGCCAGAGGGCUGACCUCAAGGUCAUCGUCAUGAGUGCCACACUCGAUGCCGGAAAGUUCCAGGUGUACUUUGACAACUGCCCACUGCUAACCAUCCCCGGACGCACCCACCCUGUGGAGAUUUUCUACACGCCGGAGCCUGAGCGGGACUACCUGGAGGCGGCCAUCCGCACUGUGAUCCAGAUCCACAUGUGUGAGGUGGAUGAAGGGGACCUUCUGCUCUUCCUCACUGGACAAGAGGAAAUUGAUGAAGCCUGCAAGCGAAUCAAGAGGGAGGUUGACGACCUGGGGCCGGAAGUCGGUGAUAUCAAGAUCAUCCCGCUUUACUCCACACUGCCUCCACAGCAGCAGCAGAGGAUCUUUGAGCCACCCCCACCCAAUAAACCAAGUGGUGCCAUCGGAAGGAAGGUUGUCGUGUCAACAAACAUCGCUGAGACAUCCCUGACCAUCGAUGGCGUGGUGUUUGUAAUUGAUCCCGGAUUUGCCAAGCAAAAGGUAUAUAACCCACGUAUCAGAGUGGAAUCCCUUUUGGUGACAGCCAUCAGCAAGGCCUCGGCCCAGCAGAGGGCAGGUCGUGCUGGGCGGACACGCCCAGGGAAGUGUUUCCGCCUUUACACAGAGAAAGCUUACAAGACAGAAAUGCAGGACAACACGUAUCCAGAGAUUCUGAGGUCUAAUCUGGGCUCUGUGGUGCUGCAGCUGAAGAAACUGGGUAUUGAUGACCUGGUGCACUUUGACUUUAUGGACCCACCAGCCCCAGAGACCCUGAUGCGAGCCCUGGAGUUGCUGAACUACCUGGCGGCGCUCAAUGACGGUGGUGACCUGACGGAGCUGGGCUCCAUGAUGGCAGAGUUCCCCCUGGACCCCCAGCUGGCCAAGAUGGUCAUCGCCAGCUGUGAAUUCAACUGUUCAAACGAGAUCCUCUCCAUCACGGCCAUGUUGUCAGUCCCACAGUGCUUCGUCCGACCCACGGAGGCUAAGAAGGUGGCCGACGAGUCUAAGAUGCGCUUUGCCCACAUCGACGGAGACCACAUGACGCUGCUCAACGUCUACCACGCCUUUAAACAAAACCACGACUCUACUCAGUGGUGCUAUGAAAAUUUUGUCAACUACCGCUCGCUGAUGUCAGCAGACAACGUGCGGCAACAGUUGUCCAGGAUCAUGGACCGCUUCAACCUGCCGCGGAAGAGCACUGAGUUCAGCAGCAGAGACUACUACACCAACAUCCGCCGUGCGCUGGUCACUGGCUUCUUCAUGCAGAUCGCUCACCUGGAGCGCACAGGCCAUUACCUGACGGUGAAGGAUAACCAAGUCGUCCAGCUGCACCCAUCCACUGUGCUGGACCACAAGCCGGAGUGGGUGCUUUACAACGAGUUUGUGCUGACCACCAAGAAUUACAUCCGCACGUGCUCCGACAUCAAACCAGAGUGGCUGGUGAAAAUUGCCCCGCAGUACUAUGAGAUGGGUAACUUCCCCCAGUGUGAAGCAAAGAGACAGUUGGAGCGUAUCAUUGCAAAAAUCUCAUCCAAGGAACACACUCAGUACUAAGAAGGUUUGCAUGUGCUGCAACGUCAUCCUCAGCAUCUGUACAAAGUAAAACCUAAACGAAUUUGAGCAGUCUUAUUUUAUUUGGCUUCCACCAACAACCUAAUUUUGAAUUCUAUUUUUGUCUCACUGUGUGUAAUGUAUAUUUCAUGAUGAUUGAUGAAUUGUGUCCUUUAAGGGCCCCCUUGUUAUUUUUCUUUUGAAGCCCAAAGGGUUUAGCAGUGCACUACCAGAAAGGAACUGUAAAUGAGCAGUUAUCUGGAAUUUAGUCAUAAACCAUUUUGAUUUAAAGCAUGAUAUUUCAUGUAAAUUUAAGCAUUCCUCUCUAAGACAUAAGUCACAGCUCGGGAUUCUCGGCUGUUUUGCUUCUCCUGCUAAAAACGGCAUAAGUCCGUGGAAGCUUUUGAACAAAUAUCAUUCUAAAAAGCUGUAGUUUGAGGCAGACAUAAUGUAUUGUUCUCUAGUCAUGGAGAUACUGAGAGGGGUACUUUGGUCACAUUUCCUGUCGCUAUUCAACUUAAUAAAAAAGACUUUGUAAUAAAACGUUUUUCCAGUGUCAGCAUUAAAAUAACAGGAUAAUCUGUAGUUUAAGGUUUUCUCACACACACACACACAAACAGAGCAAUCACGUUUUGACCUGCCAAAUCCUGCUCGUUUCCUGGCUCUUUAGGGAAGUUAAAUCUUCUUACUGGGAUAUUGAUAGCUUCAGAAACAGUUGGAGUGAGGGGGAAUGUUAAUUACAAAUGUUUCAGAAGAAGAUCAGUGUGAAAUCCCUGCUGUGCUGGAGCCUGUUCUGGCUGUGCUGCUUUGUGUCAGCGCCUCUCUAAAGUGUAAGGUAAAGCUUGCAGGGAGAAGCAUAAAUUCUAGCAGCGAUAUAGAAAAUAACUAGAAUAAUGGUCAGUGACAUAACUUGAAUGCGUACUUAAUUCUAGAGUCAAACCACGGCUGUCAGGUUAAAAUUGAACUUGCAAGAAUUCCUUAGCAACAAUUCCUUAGGAAAGUUGGAUGAGUUCUGACAAACUUUCUUGGAAGGCUUUCCUCUCUCAUUCUGUGGGUCAACACUUAAACGAAGCAAGCUGCCUGUGAGUGGCGGAGCGUGACUUCCAUGAACAGUGUGAUAAACCGGACUCGUGAGAGGCCUGAGCAUCCUGCUCCUACAAUCUCAAAGAACUGGUUACUGCUACUUUGCAGCUGCCAGUUAACAGUGUGUCUUAUGUUGUUUUCUUAAACAUAACCACUUGGCUUUCAGAGAGUACACUUGCAACUUUGUAAAGGUGCACUCUUCCCCCCCCCCCCUUCCACAGAUAACAGUCAAUAUACUAUUCAUGAGCAGUACUCCACAGCCAGUGGAAACAUUGUGUAACAUCUUCCGUGGCUCUGGAUGGGCUUCGUCAAGUCUGAGAAAAUAACUGAGGCAUUUUAGCUCAGACUUGGAGACGUACAAAUUUAAACAAAGUCUAAAUUCCAAAUUGGGGACUUGGUGUUUAAAAAAGGUGGGCAUUUAUGAAGCAGGGAAGAUCUAACUAAAAGUUGGACCUACGGUUUUUAACCUGUCUCAAAAGGCCUUUCAACUUUUAAAGAAGACAUUUUAAAAGCCGUGUUCCACUUGCUUGGAUUUUGUGUUUUUUGAGAUGGGACUUAAUUGUUACUAGGGCUGCAGCUAACAAUUUUUUUUUAUAAUUGAUUAAUAUGCCAAUUACUUUUUGCGAAUAAACAAUUACAAGGUACCUCCACCAAUUUUACAUAUUAAAGUCUGUUUACAUCUGAAAACCAGAGCGGCACAACGUCCGAUAUAUGGCCUUGAUUGAUGGCGAUUGAGUCUGCGUCUCCGGCUGGAUAGGCUAUUCUUUCUGUGUGGAAAGUUGGAAGCACGGGAAAGCAAUAUAAUUCUUUUAUCAACGAAGUUUGAGCUCUACCUUGUCUGGGCACAAUGACAAAUGCAAAUCAAAGACCCUCAUUUUGUUUUCAUAGGUUUCUUACAUCACCUUUUUAAAAAGCAAUUUCUUUAACUGCUUCUAAUCCAGAUUUCUUUUUGUUCAGGUAGCCUUUAUGAUAGCCUAACCUUGCCUUAGUCUGUUCUGUAUCUCAACUUUACAUCAAUUAUAAGGGAAUAUACAUAACAUUGACCUGAGGAUAGAGGCAGAAAUGCACCACUAAGCAUUUUUCACAAUCUCUGUAGUGUCUGGAAGUAGACGGGCAGAGAUACAAGACCUGCUAAGGGAGUAUUUAAAUUAAGCCUGCAGAUUGUGUUAUAUGCUAAGUCAGGAAAUUAGCAUGUGUGCUUUAAUAUUUGUGGACUAUUGGGAGACAAGUUUUUAAGUGGAUGGCCUUUUGCUUGGGAACGUACACAGAACCACAAAAUGGUGCCGGGGAGAUUAGUCUCUCCAAAGUGAAGCCAAUAGAAAACCCAUUAGUUUGAGCUGAUCUGGAAAUUAUAUUGAAUUGAUCCUGAGGUAAGAACAGUUUUUCAAGCUCAAUACUUCCCAUUGAUUCACACUGCCAUAAUUACAAAUGAAAAUUAUAAUGUCUCCAAGUUGUUUUUUGUGAGUGUCUGAUAAGAGGGUGCACAACGAUUGCAUGCAGUCCUACUUGUGCUUAACCAUACAGUAUACAUGUAAUGGCUGUAUGGUGUUAUUAAAAAUUGAAUUCUGACAGAGUU